AUGCAUCAAUAUCAAUACCAACCACCAUUUGCACCUCAAGUGCAUAUGCAAGGGCAAAUGGGUCAACCGAGAGCACCAUUGGGUGCACCUCAAAGACAUCAUCGGGAGGUUGUACGGGGGAUCGAAGCUCACUUCCGGCCCAUUAUCACUAACAAUCCUUCGCCGGUAGUAAUUCCUCAUCGUGCAGAUGGAAGAACUUUUGAAGUCAGAACAACCGCCCUCCAAAGUUUACCAAAGUUCAAGGGGUUAGCAACGGAAGAACCCUACUUUCAUUUGGAAACAUACGUCUCCAUUUGUAACACUAUUGGAGGUCAAUGGUUUUCUGCAGAUGAUGUCAAGUUGGUCCUUUUCCAGUUUUCCCUAGAAGAUAAAGCAAAGAGAUGGUUUCACACUUUGCCCUCCACGUCCAUUUUUACAUGGGCCGACAUGCAGCAAAUAUUCUUGGAUGAAUAUUACACUUCUCAAAAGACCAAUGAUACUAGAAGAGGUUUGAGAAGUUUUCAACAACAAUCGGGGGAGAUGUUUCAUGAAGCCUUUGAAAGGUUUAAUAUGAUGUUACGGAAUUGCCCUCAUCACGGGAUCCAACUUUGGGAAUUGUUGAAUGCGUUUCAUGAAGGGUUGAGUUCGGAGGAUGCACGGGAUCUAAUGUCGAUCACUAAUGGUACAUUCGGUACGAAUUAUGAACAUGUUGAUUGGGCAUUUUUAGAACAAAUGGCGGUGAAUUCGAAGAGGAAAGCUCAAUCUUCAAGGCGGGCAAGGCAUGUGACACAAAGGCCACAAGUGCAUGGAGUAGAGAGUGACAAUGUUCAAACCACAAACCAAGUGUACAACAUGUGCACCAAUUGCAAUGAAAUAGGCCAUACGGCGGAAGCCUGUGUAGUGGGGGUGGUUGAUGAGCAAGUAGAGGAAGUUAAUGCAAUUCAAGGAGGGGGUGGUCGAAAUUUCAAGAUGAACUCCAACACAUAUCACCCCGGGUUACGAAAUCAUCCUAAUUUCCGUUAUGGGAAUGCGGGCAACCAAGCUAACCCAAACUUUCAAGGAGCUCAAGGUAACUUUGCACCUCGUCAACAAUACAAUCAAGGCAAUUAUCGGGGUGGAAACAACUAUGGUUAUCAAGGGCAAUUUCAACAAACGGGUCAAGGUGGUUCGGGUCAAAGUUCAUCAAGCGGAAAUGAAGUCAUGGAUAUGCUUAGGGCUAUGCAACAAGAUAUGCAAAAGCGGAAUCAACUCGAUGAAAUUCGAAUGCAAAAGGAUGAGGUUCGUGACAAGAGUAUCCAAUCACUAGCAACCCAAAUGGGUCAAUUAGAAACCGAUGUGGCAGAAUUGAAGAAAAACAAGGGUCAACUUCCGAGCGACACCAAGGUAAAUCCUUCACACGGUUCGUCAAGAGGUAACAAUGUUAAUAUUAGUCAUGUUAGUGUAUUGAGAAGUGGAAAAGAAUUUAAAGCAAAUUUGUCACCAGGUUUGGUCGAGGGGGUAGUUGAGGAUGUCACGGGUAAUGAAAGUGACGAUGAUGAAGUUACACCGGUUAAACCUAAAGAAUCAAAUGUUAACAAACCGGGGUUGGGUGAAAAUGAAAAGAGUGAAAAAGUUGAGGGUGAACCAAGUCAAUUCCCGUUUCCAUCGGCUUUACUUGACCCGGGUAAGAAAAACUUUAUUGCAUCAAGAGGUCCCCAAAAAGAAGAAUUGUGGGACAUGUUUAAACAAGUAAAAAUCAAUCUUCCACUACUUGAUGCAAUAAAACAAGUACCCGCUUAUGCUAAAUUUCUAAAGGAAUUAUGUACACAAAAAAGGCAACAAAAGAAAAAAAUGCCUAAGCGGGUAGACUUGACUGGGAAAUUAAGUGCGGUUUUGAACGGGGAGCUUCCCCCUAAGAUCAAAGAUCCAGGUACGCCGUUGAUAAAUAUACAAGUUGGUAAUUUUCAAAUGGCAAAGGUGUUACUUGAUCUUGGAGCCGGGGUGAGCAUUUUACCGGGGGGCUUAUAUGACCAAUACGACUUUGGUCCGCUAGCAAGAGUAGAGACAACGGUUGUUUUAGCCGAUUUGUACAUGUGUGCACUAGGGGUUGAAGAAGAAAAGCAGGAUGUUAUGGCUUUGAAGGAAGGUCGACCGCCAUGGACUCACCAAUUCGAAAGCUUGCCGGUGGAAAUAAACUCGAGUACUAGACCAUCAUAA